GCCAUGGCCGCGCGUGCUGCCGCCUUGCUGGGGCUGGUUCUGCUGGCCGGGCCCGCGCCGUCCUCUUCGUCGUGGGGCAGCCCGGCGGCCGGGGGCGGAGGGGGCGGCGGGGGCCGCGGGAGGGACGCCGACCCCGGCGGGGCCCAGGCGGGCGAGCAGCGCCAGCGCCACGACUCCUCCUACGGCACCUUCGCCGGCGAGUUCUACGACAUGCGCUUCCUCUCGGACGAGGGUGAGGGGCCCGGGCCGGCCCGGGGACGCAGCCCGGCGGGAGAGGGGCUUCGGAGGAGAGCGCGGCCGCCCGGCGGGAAGGCCUUCCGGCGCCGGCUCCCUUCGCCCCCUUCGCCCCUUCAGGGCUCCGAGGGCCGCCGCUCGGAGCCCCGCAAACAGCCCGCGGGGAUCCCCGGGAAAGCGGGCGCCGGAGGGCGGCGGGAGAGGCGAACCGACGCCUCCCGGAACUCCCGGGACCAGCCUGUUCAGAAAGGGCCCUGGCUGGAUCUGGCCAAAGGCCCUAUUAUUAUUAUUAUUAUUAUUACUUUUUCUGGGUACACGGGGUGGGGUACUUUUUUCUGGGGGUACACAUACUCCUAAACAUUUUGGGAAUCUGUUUGGCCUCAUUGAGGGGCAGUAUAUAGCCCAAUGGUUGCCAUCAAUUUGAUUUGAAUUAAUUUUAUAAUGAAAUGAUUUUAGAAUGUUGUAUUAUUUUAUUGUUGUUAGCUGCCCUGAGCCCGGCUUUGGCUGAGGAGGGCAGGAUAUAAAUAAAAUUUAUUAUUAUUAUUUCAAUAUGAGUAGGAAAAGGAGAGUAUCCCUAAACAUUUUUUAAGAAAAAAAGAUGAUGAUGAUGAUGUUUUUCCCUAACGGAAACUCAAGGAAGCUUGUGGAUCAAAAUAAGAACGCCUUAAAACAAGGGGGAGAGCAAACCCCCCAAAUAACAAAGCAAUUAAACUAUAUAUGCCAGGAUUAUAUCUCUCUAUCCUGGCAGUUUGGUUUAUUAUAUGUUUAUUAUAUUCUGCCACAUAUUUAAUUUUUUGCUUUGAUUCUUCAAGGUUACCCUUUACAGAUCAAAAUAAGAAUGCCUUAAAACGAGGGGGAGAGCGAACCCCAAAAUUAACAAAACAAUUAAACAUUAAUAAAUUAAAACUAUAUACGCCAGGGUUAUAUCUGUCUUAUCUAUCUAUUCUGGCAGUUUGGAUUAUAUAUAUAUAUAUAUAUAUAUAUAUAUAUAUAUAUGCCCUGCCUCCCGCCCCCUAAAAUAAAGAACGGCUAAAAAGAAGUAGUGAGGAGCAACCCAAAUUUUAAAAAAUUUAAACAUUGAUAGAAUUGGAACUAUAUAUGCCAGGACAAAACUUACUUAUAUGAAAGUUUAUUCUUUAAAAGAAAGUAUAUUCUGCCACAUAUUUAAUUAUUUGUUUUGAUUCUUCAAGGUUAUCCUUUUCCUACUGCUCCUCCAGUGGAUCCAUUUGCAAAAAUUAAAGUGGAUGACUGUGGGAAAACAAAAGGAUGCUUUAGGUUGGUAUGAAACAUGUUUGCUUUUAAGUUUAUAAAUGCUGACAUUCUGGCUCCCAAACAUGUGCUGUCCAUGAAUUGUUUAUAUAAAUGUUUAAUACUAGUAUAUAUCUAUGGCUGUUACAUUGCAAUCUUGAGUCCAAUGACAUGCAUGUUUACUGGAAUUUGAAAUAUAUUUUACGCUUAAGAACUCUUGUUUGCGAAACCUUAUUUAUUUUUUAAAUAUGUUUUUAUUGUCUAUUGCUUGUGGUUCACUACUGUGAAUUCCUUUAGCGGGAAGGGUGGUAUAGAAAUGCAAUCAAUCAAUCAAUCAAUCCAUCCAUCCAUCCAUCCAUCAGUCAAUCAGUACAUUUAUUAAAUUACCUAUGUACUACCUUUUGGCGCAUAGCCUACCCAAAGUUUUCUGUUUUCAUAAAAACACAAUCCAUAUAAAAAUAUCUCUUUUUUCUGGGGUAACCAAAAUAACGAGACCGUAUUACAGAAGCUAUUGAUAACCUUUCAGCUAGUAGUAGCCAGGUUCGAAGUUGCAAAAAACUGGAACAUGACUGAGAUGUGAAUGAUUGAUGCCUGAACUUAAGAGGUUAUGGCACACAGCCAUUGGACAGAAAGUUGCAUUUAAUUUAAGACUGGCAAAGACUAAAGUAAUGAUGAUGGGCUCCUGUGUGACUUGGAACUUGUUUGCAGUAUACAUGAAGGAAUUCAUGGCACUUGCCAUACCAGCUUUGUUUCUUAAACUCAGACCGAGAUUAACGCCUAAAGAAAUUCCCCAAGUCUACUUUUGCUAAAAAUAUGGGUAGUCCAAAUGUUUAGGUGGACCUUAUUUGACAGAUUGGUGUUGUAUGGUGUCGUUGUAACUACCUGCUUCGUAUCGUCAGCUUUUUAGUUGUAUCUCUAAAUGCUCAAAAAAGUUUAAAAACAUAGAGACAUACAGUAUGUGUUCUAGAUAUUUAAUGCUAAUAAACUGUUUCUUCUUCUUUUGAUGUAACCCACUGUGCAACCCCAGGAUGAUGGAUGAAAUAUAAAUCUCAAAAAUAAAUAAAUAAAUAAAUGAUGGAAAACUGUUCAUUUUGACAGUGUAGACAAAAUUGAUUGAUGAUCUGGCCUACCUGGGUGUAGAAAACAAGAAUAGCAUCAUCUACAUGGAUAACAAUUGAAGAAUAACCUUAAGAGCAGAAUGGAAACAACUUAGUUUGUUGUUUUCAUUUUAAAAUGCUUACAUUGGAAAAGGAUCUCAGAGACUUAAUCACAUUUUUAAAAAAUAAAUAGGCUUUUCUGUAUCUCAGCCAAUCAGAACUGUCUCCUUAAGUCUUUCAUUCAAGAAAUUUAGUAUAAAUUGUUGUUCCAGUAAUACCAGCUCAGCUUAAUAGGAUAUUCUUCGCUGCCAAACUUAAAUGUUGCUAAGAACUUUUUAAAAAAACGUUUGUAGUGGUGUACUUAAGAUUAUAUCAGGAAAUACUUUAGCUUUAGACCCUUUCUUGAUUUUACUGAAUGUAAUUGAGGAAAUUAUGUACAGUGUAUUGAUUGCUGUGGUGAGUUAUGGAUGAAGCACUGGAAAGCCCCUCAACCUCUAGCAGUUUGGAAGUGGCAAUUGAAAUGACUAGAUUCGGCUGAAAUUGACAAAUUAACAGAAGCAAUUAAUAUAGGAGAAGAGUCUUGCAAUGCACCAAUGUCACAAAUGAAUAGAUUAAUAGUUUAGUAGAAUAUACAUUGCCAUUGCAUUAAGCUAAACUUGAUUUUGUGAUCUUUGUCACCGAUACUUUAUGUUUUGGGUUUUUUGUUUACCCCAUUUUCAGCGAUAUAUGAUCAAUGUUUUUGCAAAUUUUAUGUAAUAAUAUUAGUAAUAUUAGUUCUUGAUGAGGUUAAGAGAAAGGGCCUUGUCCGAUGUGGAAUCCGGAUUAUGAAUUCUGUCUCCAGGUAUAUUUGGUAGACCUUCCCAACAUCCAUUUUUUAAGUGUGCAUUAAAACUGUUCAGUCAUUUUUAUUCUCUUUGGAAUUUCUGCUCUUCUGUUUUUAUUCUUUUGGUUUUGUUGAUUUAUAGUUUGAUUAGACACACUCUUUUUAUUUUAAGAUUUUGUAAGUAGGCAUAGUGCCAAGAGAAGUGGAUUACACCUUUUUAAUACAAGUAAUAAAAAUAAUAAAGUCAUUUUGGGACAUUUGUGAAACUACUUCCUCAUUCAGCUAAAUCGCUGUGCUAGUGCAAUGAUUAGUGCUAAUGCAAUGGGACUCCAUCCCCAAGUAUAUGUCUGGAAGAUUGGGGAAACCCCCAUGACGAAUUUGGGUGGUGAAGGUUCCAUUAUCCUAAUGGAUACUGCAACUUAGCACUAUGUUGAAUAUAACCCUAAGUUAUUAUAAAAAGUAAUUCAUGAUUUGCUAAAUAAUAAAAACACCAGAGGCCCAAUCUAGAGACAUUUAGGCUUGGGUAUCUCUAUAUGAUGCCUACAUUUGUGUGCUUAAUAUUGCUGUCCUAUGCAGGCUCAGUGAUUGGACUGCAGUGCUAUUUGCCAUAGAUUUCCAUCAGACAACCCUAAGUCAGUAGCAAGUUUUUCAGCUGGAUUGAAAGUACAGGUAGACUUAAACAGAAACGUUCCUUGUAUAUCUCUGAAUUAUAGGCAGUGAUUUUUUUGUCUCCUCUGUCACAUGUAGGUAUGGUAAACCAGGAUGUAAUGCAGAGACUUGUGACUACUUUCUCAGUUACCGCAGAAUAGGAGCUGACAUAGAGUUUGAACUGAGUGCCGAGACAGAUGGUUGGGUAGCUGUGGGAUUUUCCUCUGAUAAGAAAAUGGUAAGAUGGUGUUAAUAAUAACGAAGCACUGAUUCAUUUUUGAGAAAGAAAGGACAUAUGAAUAAAAAUUAAGUUAAUGCAUUGAUUUGCACAAUUGUAUACUUGGACAUGAAAUGGUAAGUUAGAAAAGUGUUAAAAGUAAAACGUUUCUAUUUUAUGCCCAAGGUCCACUUGUUUGAUGUUAGACUGGGUGCUCAAGCAAUGGGGAAUGAAAACACAAGAGAGGGCAAUCCUUUUAUGCCAUUCUUGAUGUUGGACAGGUCCUUUCUCUUUUUAAAUUUUUUAAAAAUUGAUUUUCAGGUAGUUAAAAAAUAAAUAAAUCCCUAGAAGUAAAGUACAAAAUAUGACAAUGUCAUAAGCAUAUUGUACAACUUUCGUAUUUGUCAAGGGUGCCCACAAACACCAAAUUAAUAGUGCCCCCAAGCGCUUUGAAAAAAUAAGACUCACAUUGUCCAUCAAAGCAGAUGGCAAAGAUUAUUGGAAUUGUUUGAGGGAUAUAUGAAAUAAAGAGCUCUUUUCUCUUUGUCUGAUGAACACCCUCUCUAUUUCUACCAUAAUUUACCACCACCGUGUUAGGGUUGCUUAGGGAGCUGCUAUGGAUGGUGUGUGCUCAGUGUCAGGGAAUUCUUUGGGCACAGAUGGAAAGAAAGUUGUGAAGCAUCAGCACAUGUGAAUGGCCAAACAGUAAGAAGGCUUUUGCUUAUCCAGGCCUGGUAUAAAUAAAUAGCAGAAGGCCUGGUCAACAGAACAGUGCAUUUCAGGCUUGAAUGCCCCCACCUUUCAGUUCAAUGUUGAGAUUUGAAGUCUGGAGCUAGAGAUCACAGCCUCCGAACAUGGACUUGCUAGUCAGCAACUGGGGGGGUACUUGGUACUUGUCUAGUGGCAAAAAUCUGCUUCAAAGCAUCUCAGAUGAAGCUGUAAAGCACUGUGGAGCGUUUGUCAGCCCGAGGAACAUACCCUUCUCGCCAGUCUUCUGCCAGUUACAUGCCAGUAGUGGGCGGGGCCAGAGACAAGGUGGGCAGAGCAAUACGUCUAAAUUUUGCCUGUGUGCAACUGGAUAGUUUCUACGCACCCACACACAUCCUGCUCUAGCUUGUCUCUAGAAAGUAAACAUUACUAAUUAUUUUUACUAAGCAGCAUGCAGAUAGGAGUAGAAAAUAGGAAUAGGGGGAAAAACCUGUUGAUGCUUCACAGCUUUUCUCUGAGAUCACAUUUUCCAGAACACAGAAUACUCACCCAUUUGCUUAGUCAUGGGGCCAGACUUGCCAUGUUCAUGCAUACAGCAUAGCAGCAGAGUUAAAAGCAACGUGCAUUUUACCUUUGUGUGCUCGGUCAGUAGAGGCAUUUCUGUCCCAACUCUUCUGUUAUUGGAGGUGGGUUGGGAGAAAAGUGCUUGGGGUGAUGGACCUUGGGAAGCAUUCAACUUCCCUCACGCAGACACCAAUUUGAUGUCAAACUUGGAUUUGCCUACCCUGACUUGCACAUGGACAAGGCAGCUACAUGGACAGCAAAUAGAUCUAACAGGAGGAGCCCUAUUUUAAUCCCUAGAAAAGUCAUAAAAAGAGAAAUGUUGGAAAUGCCUGUUUUCAGCCUUACUUCUUGGUAUCUCUUGGGUAACCCAUUACUGUUAUUAGUAGAGUAUAGCUGGCAGAAUCUAGGCAGGGGGUAAGUAUCUGUAUAAAUCAGGAAGAACUUUCUGACAGAAUCAGCCUAUAUAUACACCCUUGUGCAAAUUAAUUGAAACAAAGCAUGUUUUCUAUCUUACUCGUAAUCCUGUACUCAAAACAAACACAAAAAGUCAGUUGAUGAUUAUGGUGUUGGAAGCCAGCAGCCAAUAGAAGGAAUGAUGCGCUUGCCACAAUAUAUUGAGGUUCUACGAAAGAGAGUUAUUCCAGAGCUGGAAAAGAGGUAUCUUGACGGUACUGGGAUAUUGCAGCAGGAUCUAGCCCCCUGUCACACAUCAAAAAUGGUGAAGAAAUUCACGACAGAGCAGCAAAUACAGGUACUUGAUUGGCCAGGGAAUUCCCUGGACGUAAAUCCCAUUGAGAAUUUGUGGGCUAUAUGCAAAAGUCGCCUCCGUGCUGUAGACUGUAUGGCUAUGGAGAAGCUCAUUCAGGAGCUGAUUCAAGUGUGGUACAGGCAUCCGAAAAUCAACAGUGACUGCUCGAAACUAGUAGACUCCAUGCCAAACCGUGUUCAAAUGCUGCUUAAAAAUAGCAGAGGUCCUAUCCGUUACUAAUGUACGUAUAUGUGAGUUUUGUACAUGUAUAUGUGAGUUUUGUACAAUAAACUACAUUGUUUCUUUCAAUUAAUUUGCACAAGGGUGUAGUAGGGACACCUCUUCCUGCUUAAGAGAUUUGUUACUGUUAAAGGUUUGUCUGUGAUUUGAAGAUCUCAUGUGAACAAUUCCUUCGUUUCUAAUGGGUACAGGUGAUGUCACAGUGGAAUCCUUAUUUUGGUUUCUCCAUUUAGGGUGGAGAUGAUGUCAUGGCUUGUGUUCACGAUGACAAUGGAAGAGUCAGAAUACAUCACUUCUACAAUGUUGGACAGUGGGCAAAAGAAAUCCCAAGAAAUCCUGCUAGAGACGAAGAGGGUCUUUUUGAAAACAACCGUGUAACAUGUCGAUUCAAGCGUCCUGUGAAGGUUCCCAGAGAUGAAACUAUUGUAGAUCUUCAUCUGAGCUGGUAUUAUUUAUUUGCUUGGGGCCCAGCAAUUCAGGGUAAGUUGUUCUUCUUUUGAGUUUCUAAUUAACUGCAGUUAAUUUAAAGCAGCAGUGUUUUCCAGUAGGAAUGCAUGAAGUUAGCAAUAUCUAAUCCAUCAUGUAUUCACCAUAAGCAGAACUAAUUCCAUUCCACUGUAGUUUGCAUGAUUUGUAUUUAAGCUGUCAUUGCUAUGCUUUAUUUUUUAGUUCAUGAUGUCACUUGAAGAAGUUACAUAGCACUCCAGAAUUAUUGUAGUUUUGUCUCUUCUCUCAAUCCAAAGCAUGUUCGCUCAACCUUAUUAGGGAGAUCUCCCCAAUAAGUAAGUAUACUUAGGUUUUUAUUGUAGAGAACUCAGUUCCUUGCACUAUGCUGGCAAGGAGACCUUCACGUUCCCAGGAAUUGGCAGCUGUUACAGAUCUAUGCAUAGCUUUCUUUGCUGUAAGAAGAUACCUCGCAAAGGACCAAGCCACACCAGACUACCUUGCUACCGUCUUUGUUGUAGGAAUGCAUGCUUUCCUUUGCACAUUAAAAAAAGAGCAAAAGACAGUGGAACCUCAGGUUGCGAACGUGAUCCGUGUGGGAGGCAGGUUUGCAACACGCAGCGCUGCAUCUGCACACGUGCAGCUCGCGAUUUGGCGUUUCUGUGCAUAUGCAAAGGGCGAUUUAGUGCUUCUGCACAUGCGCGAGCGCCAAAACCCGGAAGUAACCCAUUCUGGUACUUCCGGGUUCGGUGUGGUGCGCAACCCGAAAAUGCGUAACCUGAAGCGUCUGUAACCCGAGGUACCACUGUAUUGGAUCAGACUGACCAUUUUGAAUGCUAGCUAGUUAGCGAGAAAUAGAGUUAACAUCUUAAGCAACCCUGCUCAAUUUCUUGCUCUCUGUUCUUUAACUAUUUUAGGUUCUAUAACUAGGCAUGACAUAGAUUCUCCACCUGUCUCGGAGCGUGUGGUCAGUAUUUACAAGUAUGAAGAUAUUUUUAUGCCGUCAGCUGCCUAUCAGACCUUCUCUUCUCCAUUCUGCUUGUUGCUUAUCGUUGCAUUGACAUUCUAUUUAUUGAUGGGAACCCCAUGACGACUGCAAACAGAGACCAUUUGUUAGUGAGCAUUGCUCAGGACAGGAGCUUUUUCUAUUGGAAAUGGUAUCACUGGACACUUAGUUAUUCAUUGGCAGCUUGAGCUCCUCUGCUACCUGAGCCAUAGUUGUGUGCCAAACAGUCACGAUAUUUGAGAAUAAUCAAGGAACAAUUGUAAUUGGCAGAACAUUUUUAGUAGAUAUAUAACUUGUUUCAUGAAAGAUUAAGGCUGCGUUCCUUUUACUUACUAGGGAGAAAGCCUAGCCGAACACAGCAUGACUUACUUCUGAGUAGACAUAGAAAGGAUUGCAUUGUUAAACCUAUGGGUGUGAUGGUGAAUUAUUAUGAGAAACACGUAAAUUCUAUUUCCUAACUCUAAAUUACAUUUAAUUGAGUAAAUAAAAAAUAGAAAUAUAUCAUAUUUCAUGAGAUUAUUUAGGUAAUAUAUGUUUAAAUACUUACAAUUUAAGUGUCUGGUCCCAGAGUCAAAAUAAUGUUAAUUAUUUUUUUACCUUCCCAAAUAAAAUUGUGCAUAAGCUUAAGUAUUUACAGGGCUCUAAAAGAAGUCAGUAUUAAAAAUUAUCUUUUGGGAAAUGAUAGAAGAUAAUCAUUAUUCAGCCAAGAAAAUAACUUUUCUAUCUGAAAAAGUCACCAACAGACCAUUUUAAGAAAAUGGCCACAUUUUGCCUAAUUUAUUAUUAUUAUUAUUUUAAAUCUAUGCUACUGGGAAGGGGGCUGAGAGGUUGGUGGAUCUUGGAGAACUUCCUUCUCUGCAGGCAGCAAAGGAAGCUCAUCCGCAAAUGCCGUCUUGUUCGCUCCUCCACUGUUGUUGCUCUGACAGCAGUGGGGGCUGAGAAAGGGAUAUACUAGGUUGGAGGCGUGAAACCAGUGGGAAGGGAACCAUUUUAAUAAUGUGUGAAGGGGAAAAGGGGAAAGAAAAGGUCAUUUACCCCCAACUAAAGCUAAAGCAAGUCCGGCAGGGCUUAGGAAAUUAUAGUUCCUCUGCCCCCUUCAAAUUGUUUCAUAGGCAAAAGUAGUGCCAUUGGAAAAGUGAAAAUAAUAGCUAAGUUUCCAGUAUGGAGUGUACAUUUUCUGGAAAAAGCAGCACUAUAUGAGGUAAGUGACUUAAAAGAAGAUGUUUACAUGUGUAUAUAUUUUGACACAAUUUGUGUUCAGUUUCUUAUGUAUGCAUAAAUGUGAAGCAAGUGAAUGAAGAAAAAAAGAACCCUUUUAUCUUGUAUUUUUCCUUUAUUUGAAAUGAUAUCUCCAAGGGUACGGAAAUAUAAUUUAUGUUGCUGACAUGGAAUCAAUAUAAAGGAACGACUUGUUCCUCAGAACUAUGAAUGAACUAAAAAGUGUAUUUGAACUAAAUGUGUAUUUCUACAAAAUGUUCAGUACAUGGAAAUGUAAAAAGAGGUCAGUAUUAUGUUAGAUUUACUGUGUGAAAUAUGAGUGACAAAAGAUAAGUAAAGAUAAUUUGAUGCAGUUUGCAUUCUGACUUUCUUUUGUUAGGCUUUAUACCUCACAAACAUUUGCUUAAAACAACUAUGAUCUCAGAGCAGUUGAAGCAUCAUCUCCUUGGUGUAUAACACCCACCCACCCUCUGCCAAAUGAAGUAAAAAAAUGAGUUUGUUUUCAGUACAUGUACAGAGGAAGCCAGGCUGAAAGAGGAAGUGGAGGAGUUAGUAGCCAGCAACAGUCAAACGUAGCUCAUUGCAGCUUCUGUGAGCUUGCGAACAGGGGCAUUUAGUGGGGGAGUUUAAGGGGGAGAUCCAGAGUACUGGGGGGUCAAGGGAGCUGCUGCAGUGACCUGCAACAUCUGUGCCAUGUUUGUCUUUCUGCCGGAGAAUAUGCAAGCUGGUUGUUUUGCUGGAAGAGAAGGUGCAGCAACUUGUGACCCACCUAGCCCCAGCUCAAGCAACGGGACAACAUGCAAAGUUUCUUGAUAGAGCUGAGUCGACUGUGAUGGAGCAGCAAGACAGAUGGGGUGCCCCCAGGGAGGAGGAAGAUUGCCCACUUCGUAUGGAAGCUGCAGUUAUUUACAAAUCAAGAAAUAGCAGCAACAAGAAAUAGCAUAUGCCAAACCACAGAGAUGCCUCCAAAAUCCUCCACCUCUUGGAUGCACUAAUAAAAGUUAUUUCCAAAAAAGAUACAGCAUUUGUAUUCAACCCCAUACCAUGAGGUUCUCUGAGCAGGGGCUCAUAAAAUUGUAGAGUUGGAAGGGAACCUGAGAGUCAUCUAGUUCAACCCCCUGCAAGGCAAGAAUCUCAGCUAAAGCAUCCAUGACAGAUGGUCAUCCAACCUCUACUUAAAAACCUCCAAGGAAGGAGAGUCCACAACCUCCUGACAGAGUCUGUUCCGCUGUCCAAUAGCUCUUACCAUCAGAAAUUUCUUCCAGAUAUUUAGUUGGAAUUUCCUGCAGGGCUUUUUUCCAGCCGGACCUCAGCAGAACUCAGGUGGGAGUCAUUGCCAUUAUAAGAGAACAAGGGAGGUGAUCAUGGUGACACGGGAAGUUUCCCCCACCAGAGGGAAGAUUUCCAGGACAGCAUAGCAAGGCAAACCUGUGUUCAGAAGGUCAAUAAAAAGUUAGAAAAAGAGGCUUCCAUAAGAAUGGACUACUGGAUCAGACCAUUGGCCCACUUUCUGAGGGAGUAUGAUACACUGUUGAACAGCUCUUACUGGCAGAGGGUUGGUCAGAAUCUCCUUUCUUGUAACUGGAAGUCAUUGGUUCAAGCCCUACCCUCCAGAGCAGGAAAAAACAAGCUUGCUCCAUCUUCCAUGCGACAGCCUUUGAGAUAUUUGAAGAUGGCUAUCAUCUCUCCAUCUCCCCUUUUUCCAAGCUAAACAUAAAGGUAAGGGGACCCCAGACCAUUAGGUCCAGUCGUGGAUGACUCUGGGGUUGGGGUACAGCUUCCGGGUCAUGUGGCCAGCAUGACUAAGCCGUUUCUGGCGAACCAGAGCAGCGCACAGAAACACCAUUUACCUUCCCACCGGAGCAGUACCUAUUUAUCUACUUGCACUUCGUGCUUUCAAACUGCUAGGUUGGCAGGAGCAGGGACCGAGCAACAGGAGCUCACCCCAUCACAGGGAUUCGAACCGCGACCUUCUGAUCAGCAAGCCCUAGGCUCUGUGGUUUAACCCACAGCGCCACCUGCGUCCCUAAGCUAAACAUACCCAGCUCCUUUAACUGUUCCUCAUGAGGCUUGGCUUCUAGACCCUUGAUCAUCUUGAUUGCAUCCUCUGCACACAUUUCAGCUUGUAAUAUCCUUCUUAAAUUGUAGCAUCCAGAACUAGACACAUUACUCCAGGUGUGGUCUGACCAAGGCAGAAUAGAGGUGUACUAUUACUUCCCUUGAUCUGGACACUUCUGUUGAUACAACUUCAAAAGCAGUAGCUGUUUUUGCUGCUGCAUCACACUGUUGUCUCAUGUUAAGUUUGUGGUCCACCAAGACCCUUAGAUUUAUUUCACACGUACUACUAGCACUCUAAGUGUCCCCCAUUUUAUAUUUAUGCAGCUGGUUAUUCCUGUCUAAGUGUAGAACCUUACACUUCCUAAAAUUCAUUUUGUUACUUUCAGUAGGGACAAAUGUAAAGUGUACAGAUACACCAAACACAG